AUGAGUUCGCAGUUGUGGGCAAACUAUGAACAAAAAACUACGGUAAGACAGAAGCUGUUAACGGAGAAAGGAACGGCAAUUGACAUCCUUGCAAGAGAGCGAGGACCUCCAUGCAAUGAAUUGGCACAGAUACCAGAUUUGAAGAGUAUUCCCGACUUGUACUAUUUAUAUUAUGUACGAUUUGUUCCCCGUAGACGUAACAAUGGUGACAGUGAUAGUGAUUAUGGCUCUCACAGUACGCAGUACUUGUCCAGUCAAGCCAGCCUCAGCUUCUCUCGCAGUAACUGAAUAUCGAGUGUGUUACAUUCUCGUCCUUUGUGUGCUGUUUCCUCAUUGCUGCCAAACGUACCAAAACAAGCUUCAUUUUCCCCCAAGAGCUUGUCGAUAUCAACUAUGUUAAAACUUAGAAAAGUCGAAAAUAAUGAGUAAGUAUUAAUAAUCAGUAUAUAUUAAUAAUAUGAAGUAAGUAAGUAUUAAUAAUAACUAAAGUACAGUAAGUAUUAUAAGUUUUGCCUUUCUUAAAUGAGAGUGAAGUCACUGUGAUAGACAUUUUUAAGUUCGACAAAGAGUUUAUGACUUGGUCUGUGCUACCAGUGAAAGCAGACUUUGUAGUUUCCAAAGAGCAUUUCGGAGAGGGAGGGUUUAGAAGGGCUUAUAGAGCAACAAGUUCUACUGAUGAUUUCAAAGGCCAACAGUGGGUGGUCAAGAAAUAUUUACCUGCAAUCUUGGCAUGCUUACAGGAAACAGGACAAUCGGCUGAAGAUCACUCAAAGAAAAUUGUCCAGACCCAUAUGUUAGCUGGCAAUUUUGCGGAGCAGCUUCGGUCUUCUAUUGCCACCAAAUGCCUAAGUGAAUUUGGCACAACAUUUUCUUGCAACAAAGUUUAUAUGGGUAGGAUUGAGAGUUCAUCAGAAUAUGUCACCAUCGAGGAGUUCAUCGAAGGCAAAUUUCGAAAGUAUGUUAAUAAUGAUGGGACAAUUUGUGCAAGAGUGGAUGACUUGUCAUUGAAAGCUGAGUGCCUGGUUCAUUUAUGGUUCCACGUAAGGAAUGGGGAAUUAAUGUUACUAGACAUUCAAGGGGCAG